GCAGAAUAUUUAAUUACAAUUUCAACCUAUACACUUUCAUUUUAAGUAAUUGCCUCAAUAGAGUUUAAGUAUUACAAAUUUAUAAAUAUUUUUUUUUCAGUACUUCUUCAGGAAAGAUGUUUUUCAAAAUAGUUUUAUUUUGUUUUUAUUCUUGUACAAAUUCACUUGAUGUCAGCACAUAUAAAGGAGCAGUGUUCGAACAUAAUGUUAUUAUGCCAGAGAAUACAAAAGAAUGGGUGAAUCGAUCUUAUGCAUUAGGAAAUAUGAUGAAAAAUAUUGAUGUGUACCAGAUACAGGCAAUGAAAUCAGGAAAAGAGAAUGUGGAUAUUUUAGUGUUCCCAGAAGACGGAAUCUAUGGAUAUAGAUUCAAUAGAAAAGGUGUGGAAUCUUAUCUAGAAUACAUCCCAGAUCCAGACCUUGAAGAUUGGAAUGCUUGUGAUGAACCAGACAGAUAUAACAAUACAGAAAUUCAGCGCUCUCUUAGCUGUAUGGCAAAAGACAAUAACUUGUAUAUUGUAGCAAAUAUCGGAGAUAACCAACCAUGUAGUCGUAAAAAUGAUCCUAAUUGUCCACCCGAUGGUCAUUACCAAUUUAAUACAGCAGUAGUAUACAAUAAAACUGGUUACCUGAUAACUAAAUAUCAUAAGAUCAAUUUAUUUUAUGAAUAUCAGUUUGAUGUCCCACCUGAAAGAAAGUCUGUAUCAUUCGAAACACCUUUUGGAAAAUUUGGAGUGAUGAUAUGUUUUGAUAUAAUUUUUCGGAAUCCUGCUAUUGAUUUGCUAGAAAACCAUAACGUUGACAAUAUCGUAUUCCCAACGGCAUGGAUGGAUGCUCUACCAAUAUUAUCCGCGAUACAGUUUCAUUCCGCGUUUGCUGCCGGUGCAAACGUAAAUUUCCUCGCUGCGAAUUUGAAAAACUCUAGUAUCAAAGUUCAUGGCAGUGGUAUCUACUCCGCAGAAGGAUAUCUCGAUUUUCAUUACGAUAAUGAAGAUGUUGGAAAACUUCUCAUCGCAGAAAUUCCUAUUCGCAAAAGAAAACAAAACUCUUAUCCUGAACUUAAAAAUAUGACAGAAGAAAAUAAUUCAAUGACUUCGAAUGAUAGAUUUCAGGACCUUGUUUUUCGUGAUCUUUACAAUUUUGUACCAUUAGUUGAUAUUCAAGGUAAAAGGACAAUUUGUCAUAACAAACUUUGCUGUUCACUCACCUACGAAAAGAAAACGGAUACUGAUGAUGUUUUUGCUUUUGGUGCGUUUGAUGGACUACAUACAUAUGAAGGUACUUAUUACAUCCAAGUUUGUAUAUUACUAAAGUGUAAAAAUAGUAAUCUAACAAGUUGUGGAGAUCCCGAGGUAAACAGCAAAACAUUUUUCAAACAAUUUAAGAUCGAAGGUACAUUUACUACUGCAUACAUAUAUCCCGAAAUUCUAUUGUCUAACGCUAGCGAUUUACUACUUUUAGCAGCUCCGGACACUUGGAAUUACGCGAAAGGCAUUCUUCAGAGUGAAAAUCAGUUAGAAUAUCCAGUCGUGUCAGCUGCUAUCUUGGCGAGGGUGUAUGAAAAUGAUAUGACAAUAAAUCAUGGAAAUCAUAUGUUACCUGAAAUCGUCGUGAUCACGGCUGUGUUAGCUUUUUCGAACUACGUAAGGUGUCUUCUGUAGAAGGUAUAUACUGCCUUAAAGUUGUUUGGCAAUUUGUUUUUAUCUUAUUAGGUCUUUCCACUUUUCUGUGGAAAUACCUAUUGAUUUUGUUCUGAUUAGUAUUUUUUUUUCUUCCGCCUAAUAUUUUUCUUGGGCAGUUUUGCUGUUUUAUAAGAUGUCGCUUAGAUAUUUGGAAAAUGAUAUUGUAUAGUUUAUACCUUUUAAAAUUGACAACCGCGUAACUAAAUACUUUACGUUGUAAGAGUUAUCUCCCCAAACACUGUUUUUCUUGUGACCACUACUCCUUACCAACCGUAAAAGAUUACGACAAAUUUAUUUUACCAAAUUGCUCGUUACAUCUUCAGGAUUAGGAUUUUUAUUUUGACCGAAGCUAUACAGAGACUCCAUAUGAGAGUUAUGCCCCCUUUUGUAUUUUAUAUAAAGUGAUAUGUGUUUCUAACUGGUAAACCAUAAGUGAUAUAGGCCUGGGGUCUUUGGAUUUGAGGUCCUUGGUCCAAAAAAUGAAAAUUAGGUCAAGGUCAAAGGUCAAGGUCAUAUUCUAAGUUUUUUGAUUAUGGCUUAUUUUCACUUAUUUUCAAAAACCGUAUAACAUAUCGACAAAUUAUUUUUACUAAAUUGUUAGUUGCGACAUGUCGUAACACUUAAAUUUGAUUGCGAGAGUACGUUGACAGUAAAUGGUUGUUUAGAAUAAUACUUAAAGUGAUAUAACUCAUUAUCCAUACAUAUAACAGACCUAUGGUCUUUAGAUUUGAGGUCCUUGGUUUAUGACCUUGAUAUUGAGGUCAAGGUCAUAAGCAAAUUCGACGUUCUAUAUUUUGACCUUUGCUCUUAAUUCAUAUUUGUACAUCAUAAAGCCAUAGGAAUUGACAUUUGAAUUGAAUUUCAUGAACAAUUGGUUUUUAAUUUUAUCAUUUAUUCUUCGGGAUAACUUUUAAAACCUCCAAUUAACAAAUGAGUUCUGUAAAUAGAUUAAUCGUACAGUCAAUUUUGUAAUAUGUAGCUUUUGUAAUCAUAUUGCAUUUUAAGUUUUGUAUUUUAUUUUAGGAGAUCGGAAUGUCUGUGCAUGCUCUUUUACAUAAAAUAUUUUGAAGUCCUUUUACUUGAACGAGCUACAAAGUUUAAUAGGUGGUAUUAAAAAGUUGAAAACUG